UGCAUAUACUUCCUGCAGUAUGAUGAUUUUUCUUCUCGCUAGGCUAAAUGGACAUCUUGGUCUCUACUUGGGCUAUGCUGGGCGUGGAUGAGCCAGAUGGACUGGACCUAUAUUAGUACAGGGGUUUGAUUCGAUAUUGUAAAGAGUAUGGGGCGUAAAACUCAAGCAAAGAGAACAAUAGGGACUGAACUGCACAAAUAGACGAUCCGAAUCUCUGGCGGGAGUCCGUUUGCUUAUCCACCCAGAAAUCCGCUGUAGACGGCGGGGAGACAGAAGCGAUCUCGGCGGCUUAGCUCGGUUUCGGCUCGCUGUAGCGACAUGGCUACGUUCUCCUCCUCAGCGACCACAGCACUAUUCACUGCGAGCUUCGAUCCCGCCAACCCCUUCGAUUUCUUGAAGAAAGUCUUCAAAUUCCUUGCCAGCACGAGUGACUUCCUCUCGACGGAGACUGCGGACGACGUAAUUUCCGCGGCCGUAGAAGCGGCGAGGAGGACUGCGGCCAUGGAGAGCGCGGAAAGGAUGAGGGCGGCGGAUGCUGACGUGGCAGCGGCUGAGGUGAAGGGGGAAGAGAAGAGCUCGUGGAGAGAUUCGGGCAGGGCGAACAAGCGGGACAGGCGAGUGUGGACCGCAGAGGAGGAGAAUUCCCUGUUCGAUGCUCUUGAAGAUCUGAUCGGCCGGGGUAUGAGGGCAGAGAACGGCUUCUUUAAACCUGGGUACAUGUCUAUGGUCGAGAGGGCGUUAGAGGCCAAAUGCCCCGGUUCCGGUUUAAAAUGUAACCCGCAUAUUGAGUCGAAGAUGAAGAACUUGAAGAAGCUCUACCAUCUAAUUGCUGAUAUCCGAGAACAGAGUGGAUUAGGUUGGGACUCCGAGAGGAAUUGCAUCCUCAUCGAUUGUGAGGAUAGCUGGCAAGCAUACUGCCAGAAAGAGCCUCAUGCUGCAGUUUUGAGGGGAAGGUUAUUCCCUCAUUACGACCGGCUCGACUUCAUAUUUGGGAAGAGUCGAGGUAGAGGUAAUGGCAGUAGUGAGGAUAUUGCAGAAGUUAAUGAUAAGGUCGAUCAAGAGAAACUGGUGGUGCACGAGAAUGACAUACCAACAAGAGUAGUAUAUGAACUUGAUGCUCGACAACCACAGCAGAAGAGGCUUAGGACUACUGAUGACAAAUCGAUCCCCGACAUACCCGAAAUUGCAAAGAUGUUUGACGCCUUAUUGGAGAGGGUUGAUGAAGGAUUCAAUGAGAUCGCAAGUUGCACUGGCCAUGGAAAAGAUCUGGACGAAGAUAAGAGGCGAGUGGGAAAUGAGCUCCUGCAGAUGGGUAUCAGUAUUGAGCUGUGCAUUCCUUUGGCCAGAAGAAUUCUCAAGGACUCGGACAAUCUGCAUCUAUUCUAUGGAUUCAAGGGAGAGAACAGACGGGCUUUUGUUAAUUCAUUGCUUCAGGAUAUGGGGAAGAGAGCAUUCCUUCUCUAGCUCGGGAGAUGGCCUUUGAAAUGAUACUCUUCUGGGAUGUGACCCGAACCUCUAUAUCAUGCAGUUGCGGAGUGGCCGCACAGAUUUACUCGAAAUCAGUGACGAUCAUUUCAGAAGAUCGAGUCCACACCAGAUGGAACUAGUGGCCUGAACAUUGAAAGAGUCAUCGUGGCUUGGACAUUGAAAGGAUCAUUCUAGUUAGGAGUUUAGGUGGCUUGCACAUAAGACGCCAAUUAAUUAAAUCUCGGGAUAUCGAGAGCAUAGACCAAUAUUUUUAGAAUUACUUCCUAGAUGUUCAUCUUGGUCUUGUCAGCGAUCUUAUGCACUCAAAAGUUGUUCAAUGGAUGGUAUACAUCAAGUUCCGUUCUCCUAUUCUUGUAAGCUGCUCUCAGAAUCCAGAAAUAUUGUCGGCACGGUGAUAUCUUUCGAAUCAAACGAAAUGCGGGUUAUAGAUUGAACCGAGGAUUGUUAGCAAGCAUUAUGCAGGCGGGCCGAAAUCAGCGGGGGAGAACGCAUCGAUCAAACAGUAAACGGGAGGAAUCCGACGGUCCAAUAGGGAAGGGAUGGGAACGACAUGGACAAAUCUGGAGGCAGGAGACGUCGUCGGACAGGACAAGGCAAUGAAAUGCUAAUGCACCCUUUGAUGCGGGCAUUCUGACAGAGCCACUGCGUAGUUACACGUGGCAAUAAGUUCCAAAUGGGUCCACCUCAGCUGGCCUUUUCCGCAAAAAGGGCGAAUGGGCCUCGACUGGGCCACAAACGCUACCCCCUUUGUCCUGUACUGGGGCAGGUCCAUGCAUGCCCAUUUCAUUAUCAUUUCAUUAAUUUGGGUUAAUAAGACAUCGACCCGUGUAACGAGACGUAAAGAAUUUUCCAUGUAAA